AUGGCAAACGAGGCUCCGGCCGCGAGCUCGCCUCACCCAGAAGGCAUUGCCAGCAGGUCGAGCGAUACGGUCAUUCUAGAGCUCCAGCCAAUCGAGAACCAAGAAACUCCAAGAGCAACAUCGACGAGAGAAUCCAGCCGGUCGCGAUCAUCAACCGAAGACAUAACCAGCCUAAGCAGAGAGGAGGCAGCAAUCAUACAACGCCAGACUGAGGUCCCCAACGACAGGAAAUAUGGAAUAACUGAUCUCGUUCGAUAUGCCACCAAGCUGGACAUUGUCGUCAUAGUCAUUUCCACGCUUUGCUCGGUCGCUUCGGGCGCCGCAUUGCCGCUCAUGACUCUGGUGUUUGGUGGCCUGCAGGAUGUGUUCCAAAAGUUUACCGCCCUUGGAAGCCUCAACUCGGACGGGUUUAAUAGAGAACUGGUCAAGUAUCUCUUAUACUUUGUCUAUCUCGCUGCUGGGACGUUCGUUGCUACAUUCAUCUCAACCAUUGGCUUCAUUUAUGUAGGCGAAAGAAUCACAGAUGCGAUCCGGAAAGAUUAUCUUGAGGGGUGUCUGCGUCAGAACAUUGGAUACUUUGACACACUUGGCACAGGAGAAUUCACGACGAAGAUUACGGCCGAUGCGACGAUUAUACAAGACGGGAUUUCUGAGAAAGUUGGGCAGCUCAUUACAUCGUUCUCUACAUUCGUUGCCGGCUUCGCUGUCGGAUACGCCAAGUCGUGGAAGCUGGCGCUCAUCUUGACCUCUACCCUGGUGGCCUUGGUCAUAAGCUCAGGCAUUACGUCUUUCUUUGUCCUUCGGUAUCAGAAGCCGCUGAAUGAGGCUACUUCGAAAGCGGGAACUGUCGCUGAGGAAGUGUUUUCCUCGGUCAGAGUAGCCAUCGCAUUCGGCUCUCAGCGUCGACUCGUUGGCCAGUACGGUAAGAUUAUCGAUGUCGCUCAGAAAUGGGGAAUCAAACUCCAAGUAACCGUGGCCUUCACACUUGCCGUGGCCUUUGGACUCGUCAACCUGAGCUAUGGUUUGGGGUUUUGGCAGGGAUCGAUAUUCCUCGCUCGUGGUGAAGUAGGCCUGUCGGAUGUACUCAUUUGUGUCAUGUCAGUCAUGCUCGGCGCUUUCAAUGUUGGAAGUAUUGGGCCGUUUUUGCAGGCUUUACUCAAAUCCAUAAGCACGGCAGCCAAGCUCUUUGUUACAAUUGACCGAGAGUCUCCUCUAGAUCCGACAAGCAACGCCGGCGAUACAAUUCCAGACCUCCAGGGCUAUAUACGUCUUGAGAAUAUCAAGCAUAUUUACCCUUCGCGCCCCAACGUCGUUGUUAUGGAGGACGUGUCGAUGGACAUACCUGCUAAUAAAGUCACGGCCCUCGUCGGAGCAUCGGGGAGUGGGAAAAGCACCGUUGUUGGCCUCCUUGAACGCUUCUAUGAGCCAAUCCACGGAACUGUGUAUCUGGAUGAGCGUGACAUAAGUACUUUAAACCUCAGAUGGCUCCGGCAGCAAAUCGCGUUCGUGGGCCAAGAACCUACCUUGUUCGCCGUUUCUAUUUGCGAAAAUAUUCGUUACGGCCUACUCGGCACUAGAAAUGAAAGCGCCGACUAUAGUACACAGAAAGAGCUGAUAGAGCAAGCUGCACGACAAGCAAAUGCUCAUGAGUUCAUCAUGCAGCUCCCAGAGGCGUAUGAAACUAACGUGGGCCAGCGAGGAUUUCUGCUCUCAGGUGGCCAAAAGCAGAGAAUAGCAAUCGCACGCGCGAUUGUGUCCGACCCAAAAGAACAAGUAUUACUUUUGGAUGAAGCAACUUCGGCACUUGACACGAAGUCAGAAGGGGUUGUGCAAGCCGCGCUUGAUAAUGCAUCGGCUGGCCGUACAACCAUCUGCAUUGCCCAUCGGCUGUCCACCAUAAAGAAUGCGGACAAUAUCAUCGUCAUGGAAAAAGGGUGUGUGGUGGAACAAGGCACGCAUGGCGAUCUUAUUGAGAAGAGGGGCGCCUACCACUCCUUGGUUCAGACUCAGAAACUUGAAGAGUGCAAGAAAGAAAAAGAAGAAGCUGCUGAUAUUUUCGAAACUGCUAAAGAGCCAGUUCAAGGCAUGGGCAUUCACCAUAUGUCGACUGAAAAAGAAGGAAAUCCAGUCAAGUCAAAAGAACCAUACUCUACAGCUAUAGAGGUUGAGGAAAGCGAAGAGAGUUCAAAAGAAACCGGAAAAGAUUACUCGGUUUUCACUCUAAUAAAAUUCAUAUACGGCUUUAACAAAUCGGAUUGGAUUUUGAUGAUUGUCGGUUUGGUCAGCGCAAUCAUUAACGGUCUCUCCAAUCCCGUCCAAGCCGUCUUUUUUGCCAAGCAGCUGGUUGUGCUCGCUCCAAUCGAACUCCCGGGAAUCGAUAGGUGGGCAAUCCAAUCAGAGUCCAACUUCUGGUCGUUGAUGUACUUGAUGCUCGCCGGAGCCCAAUUCCUCGCCCAGGUGGUCCAAGGUUGCGUGUUCGCCCACACUGCCGAGUAUCUUAUUCGGCGAGUUCGAGAAAGUACCUUAUCCUCCUUCCUAAGACAGGACAUCAGAUACUUCGAUAAAGAUGAGAACAAUCCCGGUGCGCUCACAGCAUUCUUGGCUGUUGAAUCAGCUCAGGUCGCAGGUAUUAGUGGCGUUACUCUGGGGAUGAUCCUCAACUGCUUGGCCAAUAUCGUCGGAAGCCUCGCUUUAUCCUUGGCAAUCGGCUGGAAACUGGCGCUUGUGUGCUUCUCCAUCCUCCCAGUGGUGCUUGCAUGCGGAUUCUUCCGUAUUUGGCUCCUCAUGAGGUUCCAAGCGAGGGCAGCGAAGGUUUACGCAUCAUCUGCGGGAUUCGCUGCAGAGAGUAUCGCCGCGAUGAAGACUGUUGCGGCCUUGACCAAAGAGAAGCAAGUUGCUGAAAGAUAUUCACUGGAAAUAGACGAGCAGCAAAAGAACAGCCUCAUGUCGGCGGCCAGAUCGAGCCUCGCGUUUGCUGCGGUGCAGCCGAUUGUAUUCCUUUGCUUUGCCUUGGGCUUUUGGUACGGCGGCACGCUUAUAGCGACUCGAGAAUACGACAUGUUCAAGUUUUUCAUAUGCUUCAUGUCUGUAAUCUUUGGAGCCCAGUCUGCUGGGUCCUUUUUCUCACUUGCGCCCGACAUGGUCAAGGCCAAGCAUUCAGCUGGCCAGUUGAAGACCCUCUUGGAAAGAAAGCCCGUUAUCGAUACUUGGUUCCCUUGUGGAGAUGAGCUCACUCACGUUGAUGGAACCAUUGAGUUCCGCGAUGUCCAUUUCCACUACCCAACGCGGCCUAACCAGCCGGUAUUACGCGGGGUGAGCUUUAAAGUCGAGCCGGGCCAGUAUGUUGCUCUUGUCGGGGCAUCGGGAUGUGGCAAGAGUACGACAAUAUCAUUACUGGAGCGGUUCUAUGACCCAGUAUCUGGGCAAGUUCUGAUCGACGGCACCGAUAUCACUAAAGUCAAUGUGAACAACUACCGCUCUCAUCUCGCCGUCGUCAAUCAGGAACCAACGUUGUAUCAAGGAACAAUACGUGAAAAUAUCUGUAUUGGGAGCGAACUAGAGAAUCCAUCUGACGAAACUAUAGAGAUUGCGUGCCGAGAAGCCAACAUCUACGAUUUCAUUAUAUCGCUUCCGGAUGGUUUCGAGACCAUAGUAGGAAGUAGAGGUGCUCUUCUUUCCGGGGGCCAAAAACAGCGCAUUGCUAUAGCUAGGGCCUUGAUACGAUCCCCAAGGGUCCUUCUCUUGGAUGAGGCUACAUCGGCACUUGACUCUGGGUCCGAGCACGUGGUCCAAUCUGCCCUUGAUCGUGCGGCAAAGGGCAGAACCACGAUUACGAUUGCCCAUCGGUUGAGCACCAUUCAACAUGCGGACACAAUUCAUGUCUUUGACCAAGGACGUAUCGCGGAGUCUGGAACGCACUCGGAGCUCAUGGCGAUGAAUGGACGGUAUGCCGAGCUGGUCCGGAUGCAAUCCCUUGAUCAGAAGAAGUAA